AUUUCACAACGUGAGUAAACAGUCGCCAUUUGUAGAAACUGGGGAAAGAGAGGAAAAACUGAGGAAAGUAUUGGGAAUAUUUUCUAGACGUUUCCUCGCAAAAUUGUCAGAUCUAAUUUCUGAUCAGAGGCAAAUGUAAUUCUGAAUUAUCCUGCUGUGUCCACCUGCCCUGCUGUUAAAAUCACAUGUUUGGAGUAAUCAGUGAAAACUGUACGUAGUUUGGGGGCCGGGUAGCUUUAGUGUUAGCUUUAGUAUUAGCAUCCCUGGGCCUGGUGUGUUGUUAGCUUAGCACUUUUUCACCUCCAGCACUUUAGCUGAGCUGUUUGGGUUUUUCUUUUUGUUUUAUUAUUAUAUUUUUCUCAAAAAUGAUCAUUGAAAACCUCGAUGCCUUGAAGACGUGGCUCUCCAAAACCCUCGAACCAAUAUGUGAUGCUGACCCGUCUGCGCUCGCUAAAUACGUGGUGGCCUUGGUGAAGAAGGACAAGUCGGAGAAGGAGCUGAGAGCGCUAUGCAUAGACCAGUUGGAUGUAUUCCUCCAGAAGGAGACUCAGACAUUUGUGGAUAAACUUUUUGAAGCUGUGAACACGAAGAGCUACCUACCUCAGGCUGAGAUGCUGAGCUCCACAGGCAGGACCGAGAGCCACACACGCUCCGACAAAGACGAGCAGAAGAAAGAGGAGCAGCUGAGUCGGGAUGAUGAACGAGAGAAGAAGUUCUCCAGGAGAGUGAACCACAGCCCACAGUCCAGCUCACGUUACAGCCGAGACAGCAGGAGGAGUGAUGAGCGCAAGAAAGAUGAUCGGUCCAGAAAGCGAGAGUACGAGCGUCCUCCGCCCAGACGUGACUCGUACCGUGAACGCUACAACCGGCGCAGGGGGCGGAGCUACAGCCGGAGCCGGAGUCGCAGCUGGAGCAAAGACAGAGUGCGUGACCGCGACCGUGAAAGAGAGCGUGAGCGAGACCGAGAGCGCGAGAGAGAGCGGGAGCGCAGCAGGACACGCUCUCGCAGCCGCUCCAGGUCUAGGAGUCGAGAGAGGGAGCCUGGAAAACCAAAGUAUGACCAUGAGCGGCCAGAGGGCGGAGCCACUGAGGCCUAUGUACCCCCACCCCUCGCCUCUGCUCCUAGCUCCUCCCAUUUCCCUGUACCCGCCCUCAGCAGCACCAUCACUGUCAUCGCUCCCACUCACCAUGGCAACAGCACCACGGAGAGCUGGUCUGAAUUCCACCAAGACCAUGGCCCGUAUGGCAGAGUGGCUCCGCCCCCUUCACGCAAGCGCUGUCGUGACUAUGACGAGAAAGGUUUCUGUAUGCGAGGUGAUAUGUGUCCAUUCGACCAUGGCAGUGAUCCGGUGGUGGUAGAGGAUGUCAACCUUCCUAGCAUCCUCCCCUUCCCGCCUGCGCCGCUUCCUGUCGGGGAUGGUCCGCCCCCUCCUGGUCUGCCGCCGCCUCCCGGUCUACUCCCCCCUCCACCGGUUAACCUCCGGCCCCCUGUGGCACCAGGCAGCCUCCCACCUGUCGCAGGUCCUCCUCCGCCUCUCCCAGCACUGGAUGCUCCUCCAAACUCCAUGACCAGCUCUGUCCCCUCCAUCGUCUCCACGUCUCGUCCUCUACUCCCUCAGCCUCCGCUUCACCUGGUCACUUCAGGCAUCCGACCCCCACUCACACAGCCACCGCCGCCCCUCUUCACCUCGGAUUCGUUUGAACCGGACGUGUAUAACCCCGAAGCUCCUAGUCUAAACUCUCGCCCUGCGUAUAGACCCCGGGUCAACGUGCAGAGACCGAACCUCAUUGGCCUCACUAUGGGAGAAGUGGAUCUUCCUCCACGAGAUAAAAUGUUGAACAGCAAUACUGCACGGAUCGUUUUGGAAUCAGACUCCAGGAAGCGAGGGGUGGGGCAUCAUGAUGGCGGCCCUCCUUCUAAAAAACCUUGGUUUGAUAAGUCAAACUUCAACAAGCCCAACCAUCAUGGCUACCAUAAGAAAGUGCCGCUGCCUCUGCCGAACACUAAGCUGGCCAUCCGGCAAAUACCACCUGACCUGAACAACAUCAGCAAACUCAACGAGCACUUCAGCAAAUUUGGGAAAAUUGUCAACCUGCAGGUUGCCUAUAACAAUGACCCUGAGAGUGCUCUGAUCCAGUUCGAGUCUCCAGAGGAAGCAAAGCGCGCUAUGCAGAGCACUGAGGCUGUCCUCAACAACCGAUUCAUCAAAGUGCACUGGCACAGAGAUGACGGGCCGCCUGGCACACAAACACACACCCCGCUCAACGUGAGUGUGCAGCAGCCUGAAGCCACCAGUCUGAAGCAGUCGGUGAAAGAUCGUCUCGGUCCUCUGCCCUCUAACAGCACAGAGCCACUGCAGGAUGCCACGCCUCCAUCACAGUCUUCACAGAGCGCCGCCCGGUCGUCGGUGAAGGAGCGGCUGGGUUUCUCUAAACCAGCGCCGGCUGAAGGAAAGGUCUUCUCCACCUCCACUGGACUCACGAAGACGUUUUAUAACCCGGCUGCGCUGAAGCCAGGCCAAAAGGGUGUGAUGACGGGGACAGCUGCCAGCUCUGAGGAUGCACUGAAGAAGAAGCAGGAGGCGCUAAAACUUCAGCAAGAUGUGAGGAAGAAGAAGCAGGAGAUUCUGGAGAAGCACAUUGAGACUCAGAAACUGCUGAUUUCUAAGCUAGAGAAGAACAAGUCAAUGAAAGCGGAGGAUAAAGCUCAGCUGAUGCAGACGCUGAACACUCUGACAAACAGCAUCAGCAAACUGCAGGAGGAGAUCAAGGGCCUGUCCAGCCCACACACACUGCAUAGUGGCAUCAAAACCAAGGCCCAGGCUCAGAAGGAGCUGUUGGACACUGAACUCGAUCUGUACAAGAAGACACAAGCUGGAGAAGACACAGCUCAGCUCAAACUCCGAUACACACAGCUGCAGCUCGAGGCAGCUAAGCGGGGCAUUCUGACCCCAGGGCGAGGGAGGGGGGCCCAUGCCCGGGGUCGGGGAUCAGCGCGGGGACGUGGACGGGGCAUUAGGGGCAGACCGAGGGGGGUUCCUACCCACUCCGUGGUAGAUCAUCGACCCCGCGCUCUGGAGAUCAGCGGCUUCACUGAGGCUGAUCGAGUGGAUCUGCUGCCACAUUUUGCUCAAUUUGGGGAGAUUGAGGACUGUCAGAUGGAGGACUCCAGUCUCAGUGCUGUCAUCACCUUCAGAACCCGAACAGAGGCAGAACAGGCUGCUGUUCAUGGCGUGAGGUUUAACAAUCAGGAUCUGCGUCUGUCCUGGUACAAACCAGCCGUCCCUCUCAGCGCAGCUGACACUGACGAGGCAGAGCCUGAGGAAGAGGAGUUCCAGGAGGACACUCUGGUGGACGACGCGCUGCUGCAGGAUGACGAUGAGGAAGAAGACGAUAAUGAGUCACGCUCCUGGCGCAGAUGAAGAUGUCUCUUGGCCUAGCCCCACCUCCAUCGUCACAUCACUUCCUUUUUUCAUUUCAUUUUUUGUCAUACGGUUGUUUUUAAUUAAAAGGCAGUUGAAUGCCAUGAGUAUGCCAUUCAUGUUUUAUGUAUUAGCAGUAACACUGAACUGAUGUCUCUCUCAGCACAGUUCAGAUUUUUUCUUUCACAGUGUAAAAAAUGUCAUUGAAUUACCUUUCAUUGAAUCUAGUCUAUUAUGAGAAGCCACGUUUAAUUUGUAAAAAUCGGGAUACGAUAACUAACUUUUAAUUUCAAAGAGCAUGUUGGGUCACAUGUAGUAUGACUUAAUUUAGCACAUUUAGCCUUUUGAGCUAGUUUGUGUUUGUGUACAUAUUUUAUGUAUGAGUUUUAAUGAUUUGUAUGACUGCUUUGCUUCUCCCGGCUUACUCUGAAAUGUCAAAAAAAUAAAGAAUUGAAAUGGUCUAGAAAAAAAAUCAGCUGAAAAAAAGAAGCAAAAAAAAAAAAAAAAAGAAA